CUUUACACUUCUCUGAAGGAAUUUGUGACCCGACGGAGCACCGCUUCUUUUCCCUUCAAAAAUAAUAACAAUAAUAAUAAAAUAAAAAAUAAAAACGAACGAGACAAACGAGUGUUUGGCUCCCGGUCACUGCAGGCAGGAGGUUUUAAUCCACAACUUUCAGCACGAUCUUUGCAGCGAGUGAAGGAAACGAAGCGCUGAGCUGAGCUGAGUCAACGCUGAUUACAAACAGACUGUUCCUGGGGCUUUUUAAACCACAGAUUGCUGGAGUCCCCCCCCCGUCGCCAUGAGCGCGUGCAGCAGGAAGGCCCUGACAUUGCUGAGCAGCGUCUUUGCAAUCAGUGGCCUGGGGCUGCUGGGAGUGGCAGUCAGCACCGACUACUGGUUGUACCUCGAGGAGGGCAUCAUUAUGCCUCUGAACCAGAGCACUGACAUCAAGACCUCGCUGCACUCGGGCCUCUGGAGAGUCUGCUUCCUUGCUGGUGAAGAGUCUGGUCGGUGCUUUACCAUCGAGUACAUCAUGCCCAUGAACGUCCAGUUGACGUCAGAGUCUACAGUAAACGUGCUCAAGAUGAUCCGCUCAGCCACUCCGUUCCCUCUGGUCAGUCUUUUCUUCAUGUUCAUCGGUUUUGUUCUCAGCAACAUCGGCCACAUUCGGCCACACCGCACCAUCCUGGCUUUUGUCUCUGGAAUCUUCUUCAUCCUCUCAGGUCUGGCUCUGGUGGUGGGCCUGGUGCUGUAUAUCUCCAGUAUAAAUGAUGAAAUGCUGAACAGGACCAAAAGCAGCGAGGCCUAUUUUGCCUAUAAAUAUGGCUGGUCCUUUGCCUUUGCUGCCAUCUCCUUCCUGCUCACUGAGAGCGCAGGCGUGAUGUCCGUCUACCUGUUCAUGAAGCGUUACACAGCAGAGGAGAUCUACCAGCCUCGCCACCCCAGUUUCUACCGCCCACGUCUCAGCAACUGCUCCGACCACUCAGGUCAGUUCCUCCACCCAGAGGCCUGGUCACGUGGACGAAGUCCCUCAGACAUCUCAAGUGAAGCUUCACUCCAGAUGAGCACCAGCUACCCCGCCCUCCUCAAAUGCCCCGACUAUGAUCAGGUCUCUUCUUCGCCCUGUUGAGGGGUCACCCAUCACACCAGAAGCCACCUAAAGGGUCAUGGAAGAUCACAUAGGAUCAAAGGCCAGGUGAGGACAGAGUUUUCUUUCAAGAAAAAGAUAAAAACUAGAUGUAAAUUGUGAUAUUGUUUUUCAGGGAGGUGCUUCAGCUUUGUGGCCUAAGGACUUAUUUUUUUGUUUUUUCUUCAAAGAUGCUUAUUCUGGAUUUUUUUUUUUUAUUUUAAGUCGAAACUAGACAGACUAAGGUUUUACAAAAAUAUCAGUUCAUGGAUAUGGUGGUGUUAUAUCUAAGAAGGUCAAAGUUCAAAUAUGAACUGAAGGUAUACAGUAGAUUUCCUUUUGAACUUUAUUUGAGAGGGAAAAAUGUUCUGUAUUUUGGUUUAAUUGUACCUGUGCAUUUUACCUUCCAGUGCCUCAUAGCUGUUUCUUUUUGUGAAUAUCUUUUGCAUCCUCAUUUUGCAAUAAAUAAAUGUUCCUUACACUUUAAAACCAUUUUGUUCUGGCACUCAACUGAGGCAAUAUUGAUGGAUCAUAUCAUACUGGAAACAAAGGGUCAUGAAAUAGAUCAGUGACCUAUAAGCAAGAAAAUUAGUUAUUGUUCAGGGGGAUCCAGUGCUGUGGUGCCAGGUUUCAUAAGUUGAGUUCACUUUGCUGGACUUGAUCCAGUGGUCAGUCUGUUUUCUGUGUGUAAUCGUACACAAUUUUGUCAUCACAAUGGGCCAUACAGUAAUUACAGUAAAAAUCACUGUAGUGCCAUAAUUAAAUGAAAGUUCAUGUUCAUCUGUAAUGUCACAUGUCGUUGUAAGAUUCCGUCAUACUGCGACCAAGAUGGGAAGGAAGAGAUCUCCAAAUUAGAGUGUCACAGGGUUCUUUUCUUAGCCCUCCCAAAAAUCCAAAAAAUAGAGGUAAGAGGAAAAAUCCCCAGGAAAAACUUACAGGUGUAGUCAGAAGAUAAUCUGGUGUGCUGAUUUCUUUAUUUGCCAGCCUCCCAAAGUGCAAACAGUGAUACAUUUUUUACAGUGCAAAAAACAAGGAGGAAAACAAACAAACAAUGCAAAAACUACAAGAAAAAAUUCUAAUCCAAUAGAGUUCUUCAGUAACUCCUACUCAUUAAACAUACUUGCUACCUCCUCUGCAACACACAGCAACCCCUUAUAAACCCAUAGCCCUCCUUCUAGGCUCAAGAAUAAAUAGAAUUUUUUUUUUUUUCACCAACAACGCCUCUAAAGGCUCCACAACACAAAUAUAAAUUAAACAAAAAUUAACUGUAUUUUCUUGAGUACAGUUCUUUGCAUCGACAAUGCACUGACAGGAAAAUCACACAUAAAAUAAAAAGACCAAAAAUAUAUAUUUCAAAUUGGUCACAGUGACCCGGAAACCCCGCGAGAACAUGGUAUAUAAUAGCGGCAAAUGCUAUGCCCCCAUUUUGCCGCAUCAUGCUCCGCAACCGGAACGACUGAUAUGCCACCGGUGAGUAACAUGUUUAAAUGUAUGUUUAAAGAGACAUAAAACUACCAGGUGUGCACCCCUGGUCGCUCUACUUCAACGGGAAUGGGAACAUGACUGAAUGACUGAAAAGUUUGUUAACCGGGGGAAACGGGAUGAAUCAGAAGUUUGUGUGUGUGUGUGUGUGUGUGUGUGUGUGUGUGUGUGUGCUGAUACGUGUGCGGAGUCGCUCCGUCACAUAGAGGAAACCGGUUCAACAAGUCCUUGAACAAAUUACUCUCUAACUGCCACCACCCUGACUCAGGAGGCAAGAGGAGAGUUUCACCAUGUUGGUCGCUAAAGUUAUACAUGACGAAAAUGUUAAAUUUCCUUUGUGAGAGAUUCAGGUUUAAGAUUAAAUUUGUUUUAUAUAGAUUUUUAAAAUAUAUGUGCAGUUAUUUGAAAUUAUAUGAAUUUGUGGUGAUUCAAGUGUUGCUGUUCUGAAUGAUGUUCAUGGUGUAGCUGCUAGAACAUAAACAUGUUUGGUGAAGCUGGAGAAUUCAUCUGUACUAUAAUGUCCAUCAAACUGUAGUUCUUUUUUUUUUUUUUUUUUUCCCCACACAAAGAUUUUACAUCUGUGAUGCUACAUUUACCCACUAGGAGGAAGUAUCUGGCCUUUCUUGAAGUGACAUUUCCUCUUCACAAGCCACAGUUUAAAGUUUGAGUGAAAUUCACAAAUCUGUAGUUUGUACUUUUCUUGUUGCUUUCACUCAGAAUUCAAAAGUAUAUAAUAUUAAAUAUCAGUUGAUUCAGUGUUGCAUUGAGUUAAUCUUGUUAAUAUAUGUGAUGGAUUACACUGCUUUUCUAAUAAACCUAAUUAAUCUCAGACGUGUUUCUUGACAUGCUUACUGUGACAACCUUUCUGUUAUGAUUCAGUGUUUGUCUGGGGUCUGUAGUUGUGGUUUGGGUUAAGCGGGAGGAGCGCACUGAUACACACGUGGUGUUUUGGAGCUCAUCAACCCAGAUUGGCGGCAGGUGAGGGAGAAAGUGUGGUUGGGAAGACGCCAUCGGGAAGAGGCGGACGCCAGGGCGCAAAAGGGCAAAAGGACUGAAAACGGACAUUCGACUCACACCACCACUUUUCAAAUAUUCACAUUCAAAUUAAACCGAACAUCCUGGACCGGAGAACGGACUGGCCGCUGGAACCAGGACGGACGUCGGAAAGUACCGUUUGGUCGAUUUCGCCGUCCCUGAGGAACGCGAACCGUCCUACUGGUGGAGUGGAGUCUGCCAUUCAUCCGCUGGAUUUGAGUUACCCUCACAUGCAUUGUUAAGAUGGUGUAAUGGAAAAAGAUGGAUCAGCCUGCACUGAGCUCCAGGUGAUUCCUCAGCAAGGUAAGUAGCUCUAGUUACUACUUGCUGUAACAGACUUGGCUGCACUAACUAGUUGCUCUUCUGUGUUUGUCUGAGUGUUUGCUACAGUAUUAAGUCACGCUUGCUGUCACCACCAGUAAAUCAAGGGUGUAGCCAAAUCAGCCAGGACCACAAUCUUUAGGAUUACAACUUAAGAAGCCCAAAAAGUAAGUUUCAUCUCAAGCUUCAGCAAAAGCACCUUUACUACAACUAAAAUAAAAAAGUAUGCACAUUUCAAAAUUCUCUGCUCCACACAAACAAAUGAAAUCAGCCCAGCUGACUCAAGACUGCAAUGCUUUGUUAGGAACCUAAAUGUAAGCCAGCACUGUAUUCUGAGGUUACUCUGAGCAGGUCUUCAGCCAUGGCACCUGGAGAGAAGAAUUCAGCACCAGAGUGAGAUGACAACAUGGUUCAGAGCGAUGGAAAGGCAUCGUACAAUGAGAGCAAGUGACUCAGGAAGCCAUUUGGGCUCUACUGAGAAGCCCAGUUUCACGGCUGCUAAAUCCUGUUAGCACCAGCACAAAGCAAGAAGAGGCUCAACCCCCCACUGCGGAUAUCUCUGAUUCCCUUUACAACGCCACGCGCUGAAGAAUGAGUCUGUAUACGAUGACUAUCCCCCUCUUUCAUUCUGCUUAUUGUCAUUUUCCAACAACCCAAUUUCAUGAAACAAAAACUCCACUGUAGAGUGAUCAAAUCCAGGCAAGGCUGCUGCGACUAAUAUGUUAUAACAUUUUCUGUCCUUAAAAAUAUGUAAAAAUCUAAUAUAUUUAAUGGAAUGGGAACUAUAAAAAUAAAUGCUUUUCUCCUUAA